AUGAUGCCUUCAAUGUCACUCUCUCUGAUGAGGAUGACGACUCUCUCUGCUCCACUCCAGAGGAUGAUGGUGAUGAUAAUGAUGAUGGUGGUCUUUGUUUUGGUGACACCUCUUCCUUCUCCAUGUGGACGUCUCAGACGUGAAAAUGUGAACAUGUCAAAUCCUCAUCUGGCCGAUCACAACAACACCAGCAGUGCAGAGGGGUUCACUGAGAUUGCUGUGCGGAACAACACAGUAAAAAACAUGGGAACCCACAUGGGGAACAGCACGGAGCAUGCCAUGGGGAACAGCACCCCCACGCUUUUGAUUCAUGGGGCCACAGGUGCUCGGUGUGUCCUGGCCACCUGUGGGACAGCGAACCUAGUUGACAGAUUGCAGGGUGGAGAGGAGAAGGCUGGCGACGCCACCUCAGACCCCUUUGGUCCUGGGAAAAAGUGAAGGGAGGCACCUGUUACUACUUUAUCAUCUUCAUCAUCAUCAGCUCCACCUCACACUCACCUGUCUGAGAGAAAAACACAAGAAAACCUAACCUUCACACAUCUGAGGAUGCAAAGAAGUUAACUACAAUUCUCAAGAUCCAUCUUACCAACAAACAUCCAGUGACAGAGCUGCACGCCACCACAGGUGGAAACCAAAGAGAACCAUCUUCAGUCUCACCUGUUUGAGUCCAACUGUGGUCACAUGGUCCAGCACAUGAUUGACAGAGACUCGAUGACUUUCAGCUCCUCCCAGUAUGUAUUUACAUCUUAUACUUUUAUUUUUGAAGUUUGAAGUUUUCCUGUCGCCUUUUACAUGUCAGUUUGUGUCUCUGACAUCAGAGACAGAAAUUAAACAAAGCUAUUAAUUAACAAAGUUUGUUGGUGUUUCUGUGGAGCUGGUCGGAGUCACACUGAGCAUGUGCAAAAUGCCUACCUGUAAAUGUGACAGUCUGAAAUGUGUCCAUGUAAAGAAAAUCUGUUUCCAAUAAAGUAUUAAAUAAA